AAUCUACCUACCCUACCCAUACGUGCUAAAGUGAGAUUACAAGAAAGAAAUUGACAAAUGUUUAUCUUUUCGCUUUGUAAUUAAAAUAAUUUAAUAACAUCUACCAGAAUAAUCGAUUCAACAAAAUUUCAUCACUUUCAUCUAGUCGAUAUUUACUUUUUAAGGAAUUUAAUUCCAAUAAGUAGUUGAGAAUGGAAGAAAAUAACGAAAAAGAGUCAACUUUCGUUCAGGAAGAACCAACGACAACUGCUGGUCAACCUUUAUCUGAUUUUCUCCUUCAAUUAGAAGAUUACACACCAACGCUUCCUGACUCGAUUACGGAACAUUAUUUGCGUACUGGAGGAUUCAAUACGACAGAUGCAAGAAUUGUACGUCUAGUGUCUUUGGCAGCGCAAAAAUUCAUCUCCGAGAUAUCAAAUGACGCUCUUCAGCAUUGUAAAACAAGAGGGGCGAAUUUAAACACUAAAACCAAAAUAAAAGAUCGUCGUUAUACAUUAACAAUGGAAGAUUUAACACCUGCAGUCGCAGAAUAUGGAAUUAUUGUCAAGAAACCUCAUUAUUUCGUUUAAUCUUCUUUUCUUAAUUAAUAAAUUAAUUAGGAAAUAAAUAUUAAGAAAUAAAAAUUAAUUAAGAAAUAAAAAAAUUAAUUAAGAAUUAAGAAAUGAAAAUAUUAACUAAGAAUUAAGAAAUUAAAUAAAAUAAUUAGCUCCCGUGAAAAAUAAAAAUUGUAUCGAUUAUUUUAUUUUCUACUAAAAUCCGAUUAAAAGCAACUAUUUUAUUUACACAAGAAUUUUUUAUUUACUUUAAUAAUAUAUAUUAUGCAAAUAUUUAUACGAAUUUCGAGACACUUCAAUUAGAAAAAAUAGAGUAUGUUAUAAAAAUCUUAGAAGUAUUUUCAUAAAGCUCACAAGUAAGCUGUGUACUUUUCUUUCCAAUAAAAACUUGAUUCUACAUAA